AUGUACUAUGGUGCACCUGUAUGGGCUGAUAGGGCAACCGUAGGCGCUGUUCGUCGCAAACUGUUACAAGGCCAACGACUUGCACCGAUAUUCUUGUGCAAGGCAUAUGGUAUUGGUUUCGGGCUCAAAUUUCCGCAUUUAGACUCGAGAGAGCCAACCAAGCUCCUUCCAGAAGCGCAGAAGCCCCCAGGAGCGUUCACAGGCUUCUGGGAGCGAUUUUGUACCAGGGUUGCAAAUAUGCAGUGGUCCGUAGUAUUACUGUCCGUUUUGGGCCUAACAGCAUCGUCACCUGUUGGUGCUAGUAAAAUAGAAGAGCCAUUCCUACAUGGUGAUAUUAUCAGGAACGAUGCUCUUGAGAAUCUGUUGAGAGAAUUUAUUGAGGGACUAAGGCAAAAGAUGUUAUCUGGUGGUGAUACUAUUCCAGUUCUCGAUCCGUUUCAAGCAUCAUCUAUAUAUUUAAAUGAAAAAUUUAUACCUGGAUUGUCACUAUUGCUGAAUGAUGUAAAGAUAAGCAAACUGAGUACCUUCUUAGUACAAUCGCUGAAAGUUCAUGGAAUCGGGUUGGGAUAUCAAGUAGCAUUCGACUUUGAGGUGCCUGUUAUCGAAUUUGAAGCUAGUCAGUACGAGUUGCAUUUGACGCUAGACGAUAUCUUGCUGUCCGGCAAAGGUGACGCCAAGAUUUUUCUAAUUAAGCCAAGAAUUUCUGGUCACAUAGUUGCGAAGCUCAUUGUUGGAUUUCCUUCUCUUCAUUUACAUUUAGAGGAAGUUCAUAUAAAACUUUCACUAGAGGAGUUCCAUCCGAAUAUCAACGGAUUGUUUAUUGGAGACGAGGAUGUAAGCGAUACCAUAAAUACAUACUUGAAGCACUUCGUACCAGAAGCGGUUAAACUUUAUGAGAGAGGUCCAGAUAUGCAGUUGUCACUAGUAUUGCUGUCCAUUUUGGGACUGACGUUGUCAUCCCCUGUUAACAACAAAGCUAUCGAAGAGACGUUGCUACGUGUUGGUGUUACGCCUAGAAAUGCGGCCCUAGAGAAUACAUUGAGGGGAUUACUCGAAGAUCUCAGGCAGAUAAUGUUAACUGGUUCGGGUGUCAUUCCUGUUCUUGAUCCGCUCCAAAUACCGUCCAUCAACACAGAUGGAGAUUUAUUAAAUGGGUUGACACUUUCAUUAAAUGAUUUAAAAGUGAGCAAGUUAAGCACUUUCUCAGUAGAAGAGCUUAACGUACAAUUGGCAAUAAUUGCUUUACGACUUACCUUGGACUUUAACAUCCAGGUCCCAGUUCUUGAAGUAGAAGCUGGUCAGUACGAUCUUCGAUUGUGGAUAAGUGGUUUCACGCUAUUCGGAAGAGGUGAUGCCAGAAUUAAUAUUAUCAGACCUGCACUUUCUGGUAACGUAGUUGCUACGCUGUUUGGCGAGGGUGAAGGACUUUAUUUACGUUUACAAGAAGUUCGAAUAAUUUUCUCCAUAGCGGAGUUUGAUUCGCAUAUCACCGGGUUGCUGGGAGGUGAUGAAAACGUUGGCUCUUUCCUUAACGCAUUCUUGAAUUAUUUCGUACCAAACGUUGUAAGACUUUACGAGAAAGAAAUAACGAACACCGUGAGUGGUCUAGUACUGGUUAUUGGCAACACAUUUUUGGCCGAUUUUAAUAUAAUUGAUAUUCUUGGUUAA